AUGAAGAUCCCGAUCUCUCACUGGCGCAUGGGUUCUAGCCCCAACCACCGCGUCUCCGAGAGAUCAGCGGCUACCGAAUCAUCGGAUGGCCUGGCUUCGCUCUUGGCCACGGCGCGGCUGUUCUUUAGCGCCUUGGAUGCCGUACCAAGAGCUCGGGUUCCACUAGAUAGUCUCGGUGACACGGCCGCUCAGCUUAUACCGCAUCGUAGUCCCACGGCCGAGCUCACUCUCGAGCCUCAAUGGAAGCGCGUGAGCGAGCCUGGGCUCGGGCUGGACUCUCUUCAAGCCACACCACGCGAUUUGGCACCCAAGGAGACCAGCCUAGAUGCAAAGUUGGAGAUGUUUGAUUGUCGAUGA